ACGAACCUUUAUCCCCAUUCCCAACUUCCAUCUGAACUCUCAAGCCACACCACCCAGCUUCAGUUCGAGCUAACGGAGCUAGCUGUAGGGUUACGCUUGUCUCGAGAAGCAAUAUAAUUUUAAUUCUCAUAAACAAACUCCUUCAUGGGCAAGCUGUUACUCCUAUUUUCUUCCUUUGUUCUCGCAAUCAACGUCGGCCUCAUUGCCGUCCCACCUGCUCAGGCCCUCGUCCCCUAUGCCCGAACUCUGUGGGACCCCAUGCUUCCCUCUGUCGUGGGCGAUCCCUUCAAGGUGCUGGAACACAUGCCACUCGACGUUCCCAGAGACGCCGCCGGUACGCUGGCCCUCGCGCGCACCGAUUGGAAGGAGACCCCGGCCGCCCACGUCAUCUCCCUGGACGUCCCCGGCUUCACCAAGGGCGACAUGAAGAUCGAGGUGGAGGAUAAUCGGGUGCUGCGGAUCACCGGAGAGAGGAAGUCCGAGAAAGAGGAUGAGGGGGAGAAGUGGCACAGAGCCGAGCGCACCGCCAGCAAGUUCUGGAGGGAGUUCAGGCUGCCGGCGAACGCCGAUCUGGACUCCGUCCACGCUCAUCUGGAAAACGGUGUGUUGAGGAUCACGGUGCCAAAGCUCGCUGAAGAGAAGAAGAGGCAGCCCAAGCUUGUCCAUAUCGCCGGGGAUUCCUCCGCCGGCGACGUCAAGGCGACCAAGGUCCAAAUCUGAUUAUGAACAGUUAGCAGAGAAUGUAGCCAGUUAAUUCCUGAUUCUCAACAACCGUACGAAAAUAAAUAGCAGUUUCUCUGUGUAAUAAAUCAUUAAAUCUAUGUAUACAUAACUAUGCAACUUCUGUGCGUGA